AUGGACGUGGACGUGGACGUGGACGUGGACGUGGACGUGGACGUGGACGUGGACGUGGACGUGGACGUGGACGUGGAGGACGUGGACGUGGACGUGGACGUGGAGAACUUGGACGUGGACAUGGACGUGAACGUGGACGUGGACGUGGACGUGGAGGACUUGGACGUGGACAUGGACGUGGACGUGGACGUGGACAUGGACGUGGACGUGGACGUGGACGUGGACGUGGACGUGGACAUAGACGUGGACGUGGACGUGGACGUGGAUGUGGACCUGGACAUGGACGUGGACGUGGACGUGGACAUGGACGUGGACGUGGACAUGGUCGUGGACGUGGACGUGGACGUGGACAUGGACGUGGACGUGAACAAGACGUGGACAACGUGGACCUGGGCGUGGACAUGGACGUGGACGUGGACGUGGACGUGGACGUGGACGUGGACGUGGACGUGGACGUGGAGGUGGACGUGGACGUGGAGGUGGACGUGGAGUGGACGUGGAGUGGACGUGGACGUGGACGUGGACGUGGACGUGGACGUGGACGUGGACGUGGACGUGGACGUGGAGGUGGACGUAGACAUGGACGUGGACGUGGACGUGGACGUAGACAUGGACGUGGACGUAGACGUAGACGUGGACGUGGACGUGGACGUGGACGUGGAGGACAUGGACGUGGACGUGGACGUGGACGUGGACGUGGAGAACUUAGACGUGGACAUGGACGUGAACGUGGACGUGGACGUGGACGUGGAGGACUUGGACGUGCACAUGGACGUGGACGUGGACGUGGACGUGGACGUGGACAUGGAGGUGGACGUGGACGUGGACGUGGACGUGGAGGUGGACGUGGACGUGGACGUGGACAUGGACGUGGACAUGGACGUGGACGUAGACGUGGACAUGGACGUGGACAUGGACGUGGACGUGGACGUAGACGUGGACGUGGAGUGGACGUGGAGUGGACGUGGACGUGGACAUGGACGUGGACGUAGACGUGGACGUGGACGUGGACGUGGACGUGGAGGACGUGGACGUGGACGUGGACGUGGACGUGGAGAACUUGGACGUGGACAUGGACGUGAACGUGGACGUGGACGUGGACGUGGAGGACUUGGACGUGGACAUGGACGUGGCAAGGACGUGGACAUGGACGUGGACGUGGACGUGGACGUGGAAGUGGACGUGGACGUGGACGUGGACGUGGACGUGGACAUGGACGUGGACGUGGACGUGGACAUGGACGUGGACGUGGACGUGGACGUGGACGUGGACAUGGACGUGGACGUGGACGUGGACGUGGACGUGGACAUGGACCUGGACAUGGACGUGGACGUGGACGUGGACGUGGACAUGGACGUGGACGUGGACAUGGUCGUGGACGUGGACGUGGACGUGGACGUGGACGUGGACGUGGACAUGGACGUGGACGUGAACAAGACGUGGACGUGA